GGUGAGGUCAGCGCUCGCGACCGGCGCAGCCCAACCAACACUCUCCGCAUCGCCCACCAUGACCUCCUACCUGAGCUCGCUCAUCUGGGGCACGUCCCAGGUCGACGAUGCAGUCGACAAAGCGACUUCAGAGCUCCUACCCUCUGGCACCGAGGACAUCGCCCUCAGCCUCGAGAUCAGUGACCAGAUUCGUUCCAAGUCGGUCUCGCCGAAGGAUGCUAUGCGUGCUCUCAAGCGACGUCUGAACCACAAGAAUCCAAACGUGCAGCUCCUCGCGCUGGGUUUGACAGAUACGUGUGUCAAGAAUGGCGGCGACCUAUUCCUCCAGGAAGUUGCGACGCGCGAAUUCAUGGACAAUCUCAUUAGCAUUCUCAAGAUGCCUACUCUGAACCACGAUGUCAAGAACAAGAUACUGAGGCUCAUCCAGAACUGGGCUCUUGCAUUUGAGGGUAAGCCUAGCCUUGGGUAUGUCGGUGAGGUCUACAGGAUGCUGCAACACGAAGGAUUCACGUUCCCUCCUCGCGACCCCGCCGCGACUACUUCUGCGAUGGUCGACACGCAGACAGCACCCGAGUGGAUCGAUUCGGAUGUCUGUUUGCGAUGUAGAACACCUUUCACGUUCACGAACCGCAAGCACCACUGCCGGAACUGUGGUCAAGUCUUCGAUCAGCAGUGUUCGUCGAAGACACUGCCUCUACCACACUUUGGGAUCACACAGGAAGUUCGCGUUUGCGACACUUGCUAUAACAAGCUUCACAAGAGGGCUACGAAGAAUCACCGACCCUCUCAGAGCGUGUCUACCUCUCGGCAUCGUGCGGCUCGGGAUCUCUACGACGCAGAACUCCACCGAGCCAUUCAGCUCUCCCUCGAGGAAGUUGGCGCUGCGGGUGGCCGUCGGCCAGGGUACGUCCCGUCUCCUUCGCCAUGGCAGACCUCGGAGCCGCCGUUGGUGGACCGGCGCACGCAUCCGUACGCGGCAUCACCACGCCCACAAGAGGAGGAGGAAGAUCCGGAUCUCAAAGCAGCGAUUGAGGCCAGUCUGCGUGAGGCCAACGCUCCGAGGCCGAGCGCACCGGUCGCUAUCGACACGCCUUCGCAGGAGCAGCCUAGUGCUUACGGCAAUGGUUAUGGUUUCCCGUCAUCAUAUCCUCCCUCGGCGGCGACGCCCAAACCGAGGGCCCCCAGUACUCCAAACUACGACCUCGAGCCGUUGGAGGCGGACGCUAUCAUGACAUUUAAUCAGACAGUGGAGCAGGUGCAGACCCAAGGCAUUACCGACGUCUCGAGAUAUCCUGCGGUAACGGAGUUGUACGAUAAGGCGAACGCGUUGAGGCCUAAACUUGCUAUGGGCCUGAAUGACACAGGGCGCAAAGAGCAGCUGCUACAGGAGAUGCAUGAGAAGCUUUCCCAAGCGGUCAAGCUCUACGACAAUCUUUUGACUCAGCAAGUGUCUCGACCAACUUGGCAACAGGCCUCGACGAGCUAUCAGCAAGCCAGCGGCUAUGCUCCCCAAUAUCGGGCACAAGAACCCGUCUAUGGUCAAUGGAGCCCGCCUCAAGUACAGCAGCCAAUGUCUCCUGGGCCCGUGCAAGCACCGAACUUGCCUUACCUUAGUCGUGAACACCCGGUGAACAAUGGGGCAUACGUAACGUCACCCACGGCAGAACAACCACCUCAGGGGAUGUAUCAGCCGUCAUACCAGCCCUCGCAGAUGGUUACAUCUCCACAGCAGUACUCUCAGCCCUAUGCGCAGGCGGCACCCGCGAGCCCUGCGCCGGUCACCAUUCCUCAGUACGGUGCCCCGCCAGCGCCUCCUGCAGCUGUACCCUACCCGCCACCGACGCCGGCUCAACACGUCCCUGCCCCCUCCGCUCCUCCACCCCAGACUGCUCCUACCCCCGUCCCUCAAGUCGUGUCCUCUCCUGCUGCUGCACCCGCUAUCCAGUCGUCGCUACUGCGAUCGCCCACGGUUGUCUCGCACCCCCGGCCCUCUGACCAACAGGCACAUCCAUACAUCCACCGGCACAAUACGCUGUCACAUCCUUCGGAGCAGCUGCAGCAACUGCAGCAGCUUGCCGCGCCUCCUCAGCUGCCGAACUUCCCUGCCGUCCCGACGGGUGCUCCUCAGGUGUACGGGGCGUACGGCCAGCCAUUAUCUGCGGAGCCGGAGAGGAAAGAAGCGCUGUUGAUUGACUUGUAACGGACUCUUCUGUAUGCGUGUGGAUGUAUGGUUAUAUGUAUAUGCUUGCUAGACGUUGGACCUGGAGCAUGUGUUCAACAUGGAGUGACGACGACAGAGAUUGUAGUCCAAUCGAACGCUACGCAACAAGUUCCUGCAUCAAGCUUCACAACUUGGUACUGCCGUAGCGCACGCACUUUCGCCAGCGCUGACA